ACAAAGUUUAACACACUCAAGCUGCCAAUUCUUCUUCGCUAUCGCAAAGGAAGGCGAGAGAUGACGGAGUACGAUGAGCGCAGCAACUGUGCGCCAAAUAUGUAUUUACCAAGUUGUACAUAUUACGUUUCGGCGCCAGAUUUUUCAUCGGUCUCCUCCUUUUUACCACAGACUACAUCGUGUCAAAUCAAUUUUCCCUAUUCUUCAAACAUAGCUCAAGUCCAACCUGUUCGGGAUGUGGCUUUCAGGGACUAUGGACUGGAUCACCCAAGCAAAUGGCAUUACAGGGGUAAUUACGCUUCUUACUACUCAACGGAUGAGAUAAUGCACCGAGACUUAAUUCAGUCAUCAAACCGGGCAGAAAUGAUAUUCAAAAAUGAUUCCUUGUUCGGCCACCGUGGGGGGACGAACUCGCCCUGCAAUUUCUUCACUAAUGUUGGCCGAAAUGGAGUUCUACCUCAGGGGUUCGACCAGUUUUUUGAGACUGCUAGCUCUGAGAAAGCCAACUCUGACCAUUCAAAACAAAAGACAGACAAUGCCUCCGGAGAAUCUGCGUGCAAUAAAGAGACUCCAGAUAUACUAGAACAGUCUGUAGACCCAGCUGAGAACACAGACGAGGACUCUUCGAUAUCAAACUGCGCGGGGGACAAGAGCAACGGACCAAGUUCAACAAAGUCCAGAAAAAAGAGAUGCCCUUACUCCAAAUACCAGAUCCGAGAACUUGAACGAGAAUUCUUUUUCAAUGUCUACAUAAACAAGGAGAAGCGACUUCAGCUGUCAAGGAUGUUAAACCUAACAGAUCGCCAGGUGAAGAUUUGGUUCCAAAAUAGAAGAAUGAAAGAGAAAAAGCUCAACCGAGAUCGGCUUCAGUACUUUACAGGAAACCCUCUAUUCUGAGAGUCCACAUGUAAAUUGAACUGUGAAAUAUCAUCCUGAACAAUGCAAAUACUUUUACACAUUUUCAUCCAACACAAAAAACUAUAGCCUACACGUCACAGCUACAGGCUACUGAACAUUGUUGCUGGCUGGAGCUAUCUAUGCAAGGCUUUAUGUCACACUUACCUCAAUGAACACAGGCUACGUACAUCCUCUUAUUUGAAAUAUCAUUCAAUUCAGUCAAGGCAGAUCAGUCAGGAGACCUCGAAAUUAUUUACCAAUCUACAGUGUAUUAUUAUUAUUAUAAAUAAGUGUAAUCUAGAUGUAUCUUUAUUUAUUUGGGUUGAGGCUUCUCCGACAUGCUUUGAAAUUUAUAAAAAAUACAUAGGUCCUACAUUGAUUACAAUAAUCAUAUAGUACUAUAAUUUAUAACAGUA